UAUAAGAUAUGUAAAAUAUUCUUGUCGUAAUAUUCGACAAUUGAAAAUAACGAUUAUCGAUAAUUUUGUACUAUAUCGAAAUUGAUAAGCGAAAGUUAAGUUUAGUAUUGUAUGUUUUAUGGACAGUGGUUGCAUUAGAAAUAAUUUAUUUAUUUUAAAUUAAACUCGAAUAAUAAAAAUGCCUGGUAUAGAAUAUCGCAAUCAAACUCCAUUCAUACAAUGGCUUCGAGAUUUUGGUCGAGGUAGAAAACAUGUAUCAAGUUUAAGACAUGCAGAUGGUAUUGCUGCACGUACACAACCAUCUCCACAUGUACCUGGAGGACCGUAUCAUAAAAGCUCAAAAGUAUAUUAUUAUACUCGUGAUGCUAGACGUCUUGUACAACCACCAAUUGAAAUAUAUACAGAAGGUCAUUUAGAAACAGGGAAAAUAGAUACGGCUAAAAUAAAACUAGAUGCAUUAUCAAAAUCAAAAUAAAAUAAAAAAACGAAUGCAAUGAUAUAAAUUUUAAUUGUACUCAAAUUAUAGCAUAAUAGAUAAUAUUAAUUUAAAUAAAAGUUA